AAAUCAGCGCGUGACAGACGCGCGCUCGUGCGCGCUAAUUACUGUCGAUGAAAUUAGCAGUUAAUAUACGCGUGUACACACGGAAUGGGGGUAGUUUGAUUGGGCCAAUUCGAGGCAAUUCCUGGCGAUUGCUGGUUUCAUUGAGCCUGCGCUUAAGAGCUCAGUGCCACGCUGCCGGUCAACGGACAUGGAUCUCUUCGAAAGUAUAGGAACUCUUACCUUUCUCAUUCUUCCGAUCGAUCAUCUUCUCAUGAAUCGAUCGAUAAUUCCGUUCGAUUUCUUAUCUCGACUAAAGUGGAUACCGGAAGAGGGAUAAUCUUGCCGAUAAUUCGAACAUACGGCGGUUAAAAUUGCGGGAUGAUUUGAAUUCGUUGGUAGUGCAUGGGACGCGAUGAAAUUAUUGUGCAUUUGGUACAGGACCUGUGACGCGAUGAAUGCACGUCGAUCAUCACUGAGAGCGUUAUGUGAUCUCUCGAAUCGUUUAAUCGAGGUUCAAGGUUUCAGUUCAAGGACUUCUGCGAACGAACAGAUAUGAAAUGGAUAGCUAAUACGGAUACGUUUGAUGUGACUGAGGUUAGAAUGAAAAUAACGUGGAAUUUGUGGAAGUUGAACAGAUUGAUUAGAAAUUGAUAGUGUGUGAUUCAAGAUGAAUUGAAUGGAUUAUGAGAUUAUUAUAAAGCGCAAAAUUUAAUUCUAGUAGAAUUAAAUUUUCAGGUAAAGUAAUAAUUACCUUUUAAUAUGAAAUUGGAUUUUGGGAUUUUUUUUUUUCUAAUUUGAAGAAGUAUAAUUAUAUUAUUAUAUUACAAUUAUUAAUAAUAUAUAUUAAUCAUUGAUUAUGAUUAUUUAUAUCUAUUCUAUAAUUAUUUUCUUUACAUUAAUUAAUUAUGGACUGCCAUAAUCUAUAAUCAUAAAGAUAAAAAUUGAAAUGUAGAUUCUGUACAUCUUAAGUAAUAAAUAUAGUUCAAAUAAUUCGAUACUGCAGAAAUUAUACUGCAAAUAAUAUCAUAUUCCAGAAUACAUAUAGCAUGAACUAAUCCAGUUUUCUGCGUAAAACUAUAACAUAUUCUGCGACAAAUAUAAAUUCUAUUAUAUUUUACAUUAUUAUUUCACAUCGUUUAAAUUAAUAAGAACAAUCUAAGUAUUUAAAUAUUUCGGAGACUUACAUUACAUUAGUUUUUACAAAAUCUGAAUUUUAAAAAAUAUCAAAAAAUAAAAAUAAUUAAAUAAAAAAUCAAACACCCAUUUAUUUCUUUGAAAUUUAAAAGUUAAAAUUAAAAUUAACGAAAGAUAUAAUAAAUUAUUAUUCAAAUUCUAAAAUUAUUAUUAAUUUUCAUUUAGUAUCGUUAAUAAAUAUGAAUGUGCAAAAAUUCAUGCGCGUAAAAAUUUCUAGUCAUCGACGAAGACAACAACAUUUAUCGUAUAAAAAUAUAAAAGAUAAAUUAAAAUUAAAAUCUAAAAUUCUGAAAAGAUUCGAAUCUUUUAAUUAAAUUUUAACGAUCAUAAUACCAGUUAAUGAUAAGAAUUAAAAUCCUCCCAAAACCACCUUUCUGUCCUCUAAACAGCGAUCAAGAGUCCAUUAUUCUCUCCGCCAUGAUCUCCGUUCCAAGAAAUAUCGGGGUCGCAUUAGGUCAAGCGCAAGGGGUCCAUAGUCGAAGUGGAAGCCUCUGAUGCACAAUUUCCCAUCACCACAUCUCCUGAUCGUGCACAACCCAACCCGCUCCAAUUCCCACAUACCCCUCCAUACUCGUUAAAAAUGUUAUCUAAAGCACACUACGGACUGAGGCGGUGUUCUCCAACCAUCGGGGGCGGUCGCAAUGAUGUGGUUGUGGCAUAGCCACGAGACCAACGAGAAACCCGACAGAGACAUCAACGAAGAAGAUCAAUGAACACUUCUCUCUGUCUUUCUCUCUACAUGCAUACGCACACACAUAUACAUAUAUACACCCGAUGCAAUGAAGAAUCACGAAGUGGUUGGUAACAUAGACAGAGAAAAGGUAAAGAAAAGAAAGAAAAAGAAAGGAAGAAGUAAAGGAAGAGUAGGAGAAGAGGGGUGGAGAGCAAAUACUCUCUCUCUCUUUCUCUCUCUCUCUUUCUCUCUGUGCAAGGAGAUUAAAAACAGAGAUGAAGAGACGAAUCUUGUGCAGAAUGAAAAGGGAGAAAAAGAGAAAGAAAGAGGAAGAAAAACAGGAGGCACAGCAUACCGCGCCCGCAUAAAACGGCUGUCCUCUCAUGGAGCACGUAUGGCAUAGUAGGUGCUACAGGAUUGGUUGGCUUCCAUGUGUGGGGGCGGCCUGACCGGCAACCCGUUGAAAAUAUAAGCGUGUGUGAGUGUCGGUUGAUUAGCCAGAGUCAGAACGGAUCGUCGCUUAGUGCGACAGUGUCUGGUUAGUUAAGCAGCUCUUGUUGUUUCGCGCGAUCAACUCACCCGUUUGUCGAUAGAUAAGAAAAUUGGGGAAACCCGUGACGAUCAAUAUACAGAGAUUCUUUCAUCUUCCUGGAUUAAUCUUCUUUUUUUUUUUUUCUUUUUGUUUUUUUAUCAACAACAAUUUCAAUAUACUUUAAAGAGAGAUUCCUCCAAAGUAUUCGGUUUCGCUGUUACAAUCUGUUCAUGUGUCGACGACACAAUGCUGGCUCGCUUCGUUAGCUCGAACUAAUCAAAAUUAAUCAUAACCCGGGCAACAAUUGAUCGCAAUUGGCUUGGAUUCCAUUACGGAGGACGCGCGAACCGCCAUCCUGCGCGCGCCUUUUUGCAUAAUUGGCCAGCCGGAUUGUUGGAGGUCUUGACGAAGAAGAAACCGAGGGAAUCGGUAGCAAUAAAGAGAGCAGGAAGUGAAUGAAAAUUGUCACCGUUGAUCCACGUAAUUUAUUGCAAUCGGAGUAAUCAGACGCGAGAAUAAGAAAUGAAUUUAGGAGGUUAAAAGAAAGAAAUAUUUUUUAUUAGUAAUAAGAAGAAAUAUUUUAUUGUUGGGCUCUUUAAAUUUUAAAAUAAAAGAAGGAAGAAGAAAUAUCGAAAGAGAGGAAAUAUGUGAUCGAAAGGAAGAGAAGUUUGUGUCGAUUCAUUGUGAUUCAAGAAAUGAAAUGUUCCUCGACGAUUGAAAAUCGAAACUGUUGAAAAAAGAAAGAAAUAAAUACAAAUAUAUAUUGAAGAUCGAAAGAAAAAGUUAUUAUAUAUUUAUUAACACGAAUCUACUUGCUUGAUUCUAGUGAAACCAUGUGCCUAUUAAAAUUCUAAGAACAGAAGAAUUUAUUGUUUUUUAAUAUCAGAAGAAUAGUCUAAAAUUAUUUUUUAUAUAAAGAAUCUUUAGAAAAUAAAUUAAUAUUUAAAUUCUAAAAGGAUAUUUCAAUUAAUAAAAAAAUGGACGGAGGUCCUUUCGAUGAUCCGAUCUUCUCUGAUUUCGGCGGUCGAGGAGGUUCCGGGGUUCACAGUAUUCAAGUGAUGCUCGGUCUUCAUGGUGGACACCACGGUGGCGACUUAAUGCCCACUGGAGGCCAUCUUCACAAAUUAGAUUCUUCCAAUAGUCCACCGCCUCAUCAUCAAACGUCUCAUCAUCAUCUGCAACAACAACAACAGCAACAACAGAAAGAGUUGAAAGAAUUGGAAUUGGCUGGAAUGUAUGCUCCUCUUCCUCAGACGCAGGAUGUUACUACUUCGACGUCUACCACUGCGACCCCGACCUCAACGACAUUGCAACAGGGUCUUCAGCUUGGAAAUGCUUUGAAAAGGAAGCCGGAGGAUCCGAUGAAUACUCUUGCUCCAGUUAGUAGCGAACCACAACCAGCUAAGAAAGAUUCCAAGAAAAAAACCGACAAUAAUGGAAUCAAAAAGAAGAAAACUAGAACGACAUUUACCGCUUAUCAAUUGGAAGAAUUAGAAAGAGCAUUCGAACGUGCGCCAUAUCCUGAUGUUUUUGCACGAGAAGAACUUGCUUUAAAACUUGCGUUAUCAGAGUCAAGAGUUCAAGUAUGGUUUCAAAACCGGCGUGCAAAAUGGCGAAAGAGGGAACCUCCGCGUAAAACUGCUGGUUAUGGUAUGGCUGCUGGUUCAGCAAGCCCUGGUUUAUCAGGAUCGUUUACUUCACUGAACAAUACUCUUAAUCCAUUCGCCUCGCCGACAACAGCGACAGCACCACCGGAUGCCUGGGCAUAUUCUCCAGCUUACGAUUUGGCACCGCAUCUAAAUCUACUUAGCCCGUCUAACUCUCCAUACUCAACCUCCUUUGGUGGGCCAAGCAACAACGGAUCGGCAUACUCGUACGCGACAAUGCUUCCACAACACGAUGCCUCGUUAUUUUCCACACCAUCAGGCAAUACAAUGCGCGUGCACCAGGACUAUAUGAAUGCUAGUAAUAGUCCACCACCACCUCUAACUCGUAACGACUAUCAGACUAUGGUAACUACCCACUCACCACCCACUCAUCUGACCAAUUCCAUGUCCGAGGAAGAACAUCAACAGAAUAAGCAAUUGGAUUAUGUCAGUGGUCUUAGUCCAGCGGAUAAAUAUCAGCACGAACAACCUGAUUACACCCAACAGCAGCAGCAACAGCAACAACAACAGCAACAACAACAAGACCAAAAACAAGAAUAUGGAAUGCACUCACCACAAGGACGUCAAGGGAUGAAAGAGCAAGUGAUGGUGAAGAGCGAACCAACUAGUCAAAACUACGUGCAGUUGCCUCCUUUUCUGAACUGACUCGAAACCUCCGGUCUAGAUUUGCUCUAGAACAACUGGUGGUUCCGAUUUGGAAUAAAUUUUCCUUGACAAAGGAAUAUUAAAUUCAUGAUAAGAUUGUAUGAACGUGCUUACUGAUUUUCCAUCUUUGAAUUUCUUUUAUUUGAGCUAAAAUAAAAAUAAAAUCGAAGGCUUUGUUUUAAUUAGAGUUAUAAUUUUAAAAAUAAAAAAAAGUUUUUUGAAAAUUAUUUUUAUUUAUAAAUUUUAUUUGUAUUAAUCGUAAAUGUAUCAAUUCUCUUUAAUACAAUUUUAUACUGUAUCAUAUAGAUUUAAACAAUGAUUAAUGAGAUUAAUUGGAAUUAUUCUUUUGCAAAGUUUAAUGUUAAGAAUAUGAUAAUCAUUAAUUUGUUUUAAUAAUAAAAAAAAACACGUUAUAAUAAAAUACGUUAUAAAACGUUAUAAUAAACGAACGUGUAAAAAAAGAAAAUUAAUUAUUUUAGAAAAUUAAUUGAAUAAGAGCAUUCCAGUGCCUUAAAAAUAUAGGUUUAAGGUAUGAGUACUUUUGUAUUAUUUGUCCUUUUUUCAAAAUUAUUAAGUAAAAUUGAAUAAGAAGUUUAUUCACGUAUUUUAUAAUGUAUAUCAACUAUAUGCAUAUCUGUAUAUACAUGUAUAUAAAAAAAUAUAAAACAUCUGAAUUUAUAAAAUUUUAUACAAGAAUAUUUCAGAAAUUUUGUAUUCUAUUUUCCUUUUUAUAAUGCUUAAAAAUAAUUGCAUCUAAAUGCAACUUAAAAAUUAAAAUAUGUAAUCACUCAUUUAACAAUGAUGUGUCUUAAAUAAAUAACUAUAAUUUCAUAUAUUAAUUUGUUCAUUGGAAUUGUAUGUGAAUAUAAUUUUUAAUAAAUAUUCAAAAUAGAAAUACUUAA